GAUAGCCGUGCCUGUCGGGGCAGAACACCCGCGUGCGGCCACCCGGGUCUACUCGCGCGUCUGCUUUUUUUGCAGAAGUGAAGCGUGUUUCUAAUACUGCCGUGGUUUAGAUGAUUGUAUGAUAAUGAAAAGAAUAGAGUUGGUUUAUUGACUAUGACUUUACUAGAAGAGAGUAUGGAAGCGAGCGAGAAGCGACGGGCUACGCGAAUGUUUAAAGCUGCUCUGCAUGCGCACGUCUCGAGCUUCUUUUUCAGCCUCCUCCGCGUCUGGCUGUGACUUGGAGCAGCAGCAGCAGCAGCAGCAGCAUUAACGAAAAAGAAGCUCAUUCUUCUGGUCCGGGAUCGGUCGUCGUCUGUUUGCUUCUGCUUGCGUAUCAUGCAUUCAUAAAACCCCGCGUGCAGCCUCUCUGCAUGUCUUCUCUCUGUCUCUCUGUUUCUGUCUCUGUCUUCUCGUCUUUUUCAUAUCAUAUUCCCCGACGAUGACGACCACUUUCCCGCCCAAGCAGCUGAUCUACGCCGGCAGACGGCCCUUCAUCCUCCUCGCGGCCUCCGUCAGCGUCACCGUCGCCAUCUUCUUCAUCAUCGUCUCCGCAAUCUCCCUCGACCCAUUCCCGCUCCCUCUCCGUCCCCUCAUCAAAACCUCCACCACCGGCGCAGACACGGACUCCAAAAUGCCCCACACAUUCGCCCUCGCGACUGCCGCGCAAAACGAGAGCCUCGGUUUCGGCGAAAUCGUCUACAUCAGCAUGCCCUACCGCACAGACCGACAAGACGCAAUGAACCUCGUCGCGUCGACGACCGGCAUCAAGUUGAAGCUGAUCCCGGGCGUGGACGGCAGUACGAUUCAUGAAAAGGCAAAGCCGGAUUUUUUGCCGGAGAAUCUGACGCCGAGUGCGCUCGGGUGCUGGAGAGCGCAUGCUGAUGCUUGGAGAUAUAUGCUGGAUUCGAAUCUGGAGUCGCUCUUGAUUCUUGAGGAUGAUGUCGACUGGGACAUUAAUAUCCACGAGAUCAUGGAGCAUCUCUCUCUCGAAAUGCAAAACAACCCGCUCCGACUCGAUCCCCAGACCGAGCGCGAGCGCGAAGCCGCCCCUUACGGCCUAGACUGGGACUUCCUCUUCCUCGGCCACUGUCUCGACAGCGCGAACCCGGACCGCAACGACCUCUUCCACAUGUACAAAGACAACAACAUGCCGGAGCGGGAGUCGCAGAUCCACGAGAUGAAGGACAUGGAGCGCCGUUUCGGCCUCUCCGAGCAGCAGAUCUCAGAGUACCGCACGCUCUCGCCGACCUGGUUCCCCGCCUGCACAAUGUCGUACGCAAUCACCCGCCGCGGCGCGCAGCGACUGCUCAUGUGGCUUUCAUACAUGGGACUCAACGCGCCGGUCGACAACGACAUUGCGUUCAAAGCCCAGUCGGGUCAUCUCCACGGCUACGAUCUGAAUCCGCCGCCGUUCGGAGCCUGGCGCGUGCAAGGCAGCAAGGACUCUGACAACCAGGAGUUUGAGGAGGGAAAGCCUCUUGCGGGCGAGGGAAAUCGCGGCGGGUUUAGUUUGAAUGUGAGGAAUAGCGCGAGGAAGAGACUCGCGAGUUUGUUGUACGCGGAUACUUGGAAUCGGUACGAGAAGAUGUUUCCAAAGAAGAGCGACGAGGAGGUUGCGGCGGCGAAGAGCGAGGGAAAGAUGGGAUAUAGGUAGUUCUCUACCCCGUCCUCUUUAUGUAGUUUUAGCAUCUUAAUUCUUGGUUGUUGUAAAGCAUUUGUUGGUCAAUAAAUUCAU